AUGUCUGAAGCAGAAGAGUCCGUCGAAGUUACCCCUUCUGGAUAUGAAGUACUACCAAAGGAGGUGACCGCUGAGAUCGGCAGCGUCAAGCUCUUCAACAAGUGGUUCGUACAAAUAAAUCGCGGGGGAAAAGGACAAUUGCUAACUAGAGAAUACAGGAGCUACGAGGAUGUCGAAAUCCGUGAUAUCUCCUUGACCGACUACAUCCAAAUCCGCGCCCCAGUCUACAUCUCCCACUCCGCCGGUCGAUACGCACAGAAGCGAUUCCGCAAGGCACAAUGCCCCAUCAUCGAGCGUCUUACGAACUCCCUGAUGAUGAACGGUCGUAACAACGGAAAGAAGCUCAUGGCAGUCCGCAUCGUUGCCCACUCCUUCGAGAUUAUUCACAUCAUGACUGACCAAAACCCUAUCCAAGUCGCCGUCGAUGCCAUCGUCAACUGCGGACCCCGCGAAGAUUCCACCCGAAUUGGUUCAGCUGGUACCGUCCGUCGUCAAGCCGUCGAUGUCUCUCCUCUCCGCCGUGUCAACCAAGCCAUCGCUCUCCUCACCAUCGGUGCCCGUGAGGCUGCGUUCCGAAACGUCAAGUCUGUUGCUGAGUGCCUGGCGGAAGAGUUGAUCAACGCUGCCAAGGGAAGCAGUAACUCGUAUGCCAUCAAGAAGAAGGAUGAGCUGGAGCGUGUGGCCAAGUCCAAUCGGUAA